GUCCUACAAAGCGGGAACAAGUCAUUUAUCGUAUUGGCGCCAUGGGAAUAGCCUUCAACGUCUCCUCUCCCAUCUUUCUCUUUGUCUUGUUAUUAUUUUUGGUCAUCAACUUUUCCCUCUCAAUCAAUCGUUUUAAUUUCUCCUUCGCGGGCUGGUCCUCGGGAAUCUCAUUUCCCGGCCACCGCUCAUCCAACCAACAUGGCAAAUCACGGUCGAAGGAGUGUGUCAUUGACCAACAGUCCCUCGCGCCCUAAGAAGAAGAAAAACUUCUCUUCCGAGCUUUCAUCCCCUGAUAUUCGAAAAUCCUUUACCCCUCAACGCACGGGAGAGAGAACUGUGAGGUCAUUAAGACUUUCAAGAGCAUUGACAGUGCCCGACUCAACAAGUAUUUCUGAAGCAUGUCGUCGUAUGGCUGCUCGCAAAGUCGAUUCUCUUUUACUAACCGAUUCGAAUGCUUUGCUCUGUGGAAUCCUGACGGACAAGGAUAUAGCUACAAGAGUCAUUGCGCGCGAGGUUAAUCUUGAAGACACACCCGUUUCCAAGGUUAUGACAAGGAAUCCAGUAUUCGUCCUUUCCGAUACUCUUGCUGUGGAAGCACUCCAAAAGAUGGUUCAAGGAAAAUUCAGGCAUUUACCUGUGGUGGAAAAUGGAGAAGUUGUUGCCAUACUUGACAUAGCAAAGUGUUUGUAUGAUGCCAUUGCGCGCCUUGAAAGGGCAGCUGAGAAAGGAAAGGCAAUUGCAGCGGCAGUUGAAGGUAUCGAAAAACACUGGGGACCAUCUGCUUCUGGCUCCAAUUCCUCAUUCUUGGAGACUCUUCGGGACCAGAUAUUCAAGCCUUCUUUGUCUACAAUUAUUCCUGAGAAAUCAAAGGUUAUAACAGUUUCACCAACGGACACAGUUUUGGCAACAACAAAGAAGAUGCUUGAACUUCGUGUCAGUUGUGCUGUUGUCAUGGUUGAUGACAAACCUUGUGGUAUCCUCACUUCAAAGGAUAUCUUGAUGCGAGUAAUAGCGCAAAACCUUCCUGCAUCAACAACUCUUGUUGAGAAGGCCAUGACUCCAAAUCCAGAAUGUGCAAAAGUUGAUACACCGAUUGUUGAUGCACUUCACACCAUGCAAGAUGGAAAAUUUUUACAUCUUCCAGUGCUUGAUAAAGAUGGCACUGUUGUUGCUAUGCUUGAUGUGAUACAUAUUGCUCAUGCUGCUAUUGCAACAGCUGGUCAGGUUGGAAAUACUGCCAAUUUGAACACUGAAGCUGCCGACUCCAUGAUACAAAAGUUUUGGGAUUCGGCCAUAUCCUUAAGUAGUCCAAAUGAUGAUGACGACGACGAUUCACGAAGUGAUAGUUCCUUGAAAAUUGCUUCUGAGGGAAGAGAAAUAGGGAGAACCACUCCUUUUAAUGCAGCAAGCAUGCUGCAGCAAGCAUUUUCUUUCAAAGUACAAGAUAGGAAAGGCAGACUUCAUAGAUUCACAUGUGAUACUCGGAGCUUGACAGAUGUUAUAGCUUCCAUUUCUCAGAAAGUUGAUAAUGAUAUUGACUCUGAUAAUAACCUGCCCCAGAUUAUGUAUGAAGACGAAGAACAUGAUAAAAUUGUACUAGCUUCAGACAGUGAUCUUGCUGCAGCUGUGGAACACGCAAAGGCAGCUGGUUUAAAGGGAUUAAGAUUGCAUUUAGAGUACUCGGGGCAAAAUGAUAACCAAAGAAACUCUAGCAAGGAGAGUUUGUUGGCAUACACAAACACAAGUUUAAUGUGGCCCUCAACAUAUAGUGUGGUUGCAGCUGGAGCUGUAAUCGUUGCUGGCUUAAGCCUAUUAGCAUUCUUCAGGCGAAGGUGAUGAUGAUAAAUAGGAACAUACCACUAACCACUUUUUUCAUUUGGGGGUAGUGGCCAAAAGCUGGAGUUACUUUUAUUUGAACUUCAGAGAGGCACUUUUUACUCAUGCCAAUCUGGAGGACUGACAAUGCAACAAUGUACUAAAUAACUUCAUAGACAAACAAAUUUCAAGCAAUUCCAAUAUUGUUUAGAAAUUACAAUACCUCAUCUCCAGCCUGCAGCUAGGGACCAAACCACAUUGAUUAAAUGGUCAAAUCAAUUA